AUGCUUCAGACCUUGCGCGCUUUGUCUAGCGCUGGGAUCACGUACGUCCUGCGAUGUCCUGCGAAUGCUGUUUCGACAUUGAAACUAGGUGCCAAGAUUGCCGACGUUGUUCCGAAUGCUGUUGCGACAGGGAAUCAGGUCGCCAAAAUUGCCAGGACAUUGAAACUGGGCUUCAAGAUUGCUGGCGGUGUUUGUAUCUUGUCCUGGGCGCAACAAGCUUGCUCACACUUGCAGAAAUGCUGGGACAUGGCGGGUUCUAUGGCUGAGAGUGCACCUGCAUUUCUGCAGCGCACCCAAUGUCUCGUAAGCUCUUGGGCUCAGAGUGCAUGGUCGUUGCUGGAAAAGAACUGGAUGCAAAAUGCCGGAGCACAAGCUGUCCAAGCUCAGAUGGAAACGGCAAAGGAGAGUAUUGUCAGCACCUUUUCUGGCAACCGCGGAACGAAGCUUUCGCUCCGCCCCGAGCUCGUUGGGAUAUCGCUGCUGUUGACAUUAGGCUUUGCAGCUGCCUGGCGACACAGGCACAGCCAGCAGCGAAAAGCAAGCUGGAAGCUUGUGAUGUUGAGGUGGCUCCGGAAGUAG